AUGCUGGGCCCCGGGGCUCAAGGGUCUAAAUACCAAGCGAUGGAAUCCGCCGUACGCCUAGUUGGAUCCAAAAUAAGCUGGAGGCCUUCUCAACGACAACUCCUGCAGCUUGUCAUUGCCACGGGUGGUCUUCUUAUAACAGUAUGGCUCUAUCUCAACAUCCUGCCAGCAUCAUCAUCUUCGUCGUCGUCGUCCUCCUCCUCCCUCUCCUCUCCGUCAAUAAUGGACCUAGCGACCCAAACACGUAAUCAAUCGCAAUGCAUCGACUUCGACCCAGCGCCCAUUGCUGAAAAGUUGAAUUCAGCCAUAAAGCUCGAAAAGAAUACCUACAACAACGCCGACAUUUCCGAGUUCGUCUGCAGCAUCAUGCAUCACGAUAUGAACCUCACAGCGAAACUGGACUGCGCUGCAUCCAUUGACUCUCGCUACAACCAUCUCCGACCAUCUCCCUCCGCCUCCCCCCAGAUCCAAUACUACUUCGCGCUGGACCUAUACCAAGCAAUGCACAUUAUCCUCCCACUUAUGGGGACUAUCAUCGAAACAAUGCGUUUUCUGGGACCAGAGUAUUGCGCUCUAUCUAUUGUGGAGGGUCGUUCGACGGACGGAACUUAUGCGAUUCUCGCCGGUUUAAAGGCCGAACUUAACGCCAUGGGCGUGCCCUACUUCCUUACUCGAAAUUCCCUAGACCCCAAAGCCUCGGGCGAAAAUCGAAUCACCGCAUUAUCGCACCUCCGCAACCAAGCGCUUCAACCGCUAAUCGAGGAGGGGAACAACAAGCAAGGAAUUCUCGCUCCGAAUCCGACGAUCCUCUUUAUCAAUGAUGUCGUGCUUUGCCCGGAAGAUAUUCUCGAGUUAUUGCAUCAGCGCGUUCGCCAGUCUGCGAUAAUGACAUGCGCUUUUGACUGGAAUGCGAACGGGGGCUCAUUUUACGAUUCUUGGGUCUCGCGCUCCAUGUCGGGAAACCUUUUCUUUGAGGUCACUCACGAUAGCCAGCACUGGCUGGCCGAUGAUAUGUUCUUCGACCACCCCGACAGCGCAACUCGCUGGGGCCAUUCUCUUCCCAUACAGGUGUAUUCCUGCUGGGGUGGAAUGGUCACUCUAGACGCGCAGCCAUUUAUCCAGGGCAAGGUAAAAUUCCGCAGCUCGGAGAAGGACGAGUGCUACAUGGGUGAGCCGAUGACUCUCGCCAAGGACCUGUGGGGUCUCGGUUUGGGCAAGGUUCUCACUGUGCCUUCUGUGAAUGUCGCGUAUGAGUAUGACCGCGCCCGUGAUGCGAAGGAUAAGCGCGGCUAUGUUGAUAAGAUUGUCGGUCAUACUCAAUAUAGUAAAGAUGAGGAGAUGGUGAAAUGGCAGAAGGCCCCUCCGCCCCAGGUGAAGUGUAUGCCUGUUUUUAGCCGGCAGUGGUGGACCACGCCGGUUUGA